AUGGCAAACCGGGCUGCAGAGCUCAUUCUCCAGGAGCGGGACAUUUUCCCUCGCAAUCUUUCCAUGGCAAAUGGAACAGGAGCUGCGGGAAGCAUCCAAUUGUUGGACAACUCGUUCGUCUUGGAUAUGCUCUUUAGCAUCACGCAAUUAUAUCACUUUAAGAACUUUAUCUUCUACAUUUCUGAGAAUCUGGAUUUGAAGAACAAGGAUUCCCAGGAGUUCUUUCACAACUUCUGGACAUUUUUUCCACUGGCUCCAAAUGUGAUUAUAACCCGCGAGCACUAUGCGCCGAUACCGAUGAUGCAGUUCAUCAGCACUCCAUCGCUGGUGAUGAUAUACACCACGAGUCGCGAUGAUCCCAUUAUGGAGCUGGCCACCCAGAGUCUGAAGGGGAUUCGGUGGCUCAAAACGAUCUUCAUUCUGUAUCCCAGCCUCAAGAGCCGCGACUUUGAGUCGAGUUUUGAGUCUUUUGCGGAUUUUACAACCGAGAUAAAGGACAUCUAUGACUGGGUGUGGAAACAGCAGUUUAUCAACACCGUUCUGGUCACUAUCAAAAACAAUGUGUUCCUGCUGGAGCCCUAUCCGACGCCCUCGAUUAUUAACAAGACGGACACAUGGAGACCGGACGAGUUCUUCCAGAAGUACGCCAAGAACAUGAAAGGCUACGAGGUGAGAACGCCCAUCCUUUACGAUCUGCCUCGCGUUUUCAAGUCUGAUCGUCCCACCAAUAAGUUCGAGAAUAACUUUGUACAUGGAACUAGUGGCAACCUGUUUCUGGGAUUCCUGGAGUUCGUGAACGCCUCACUGGUGGACACCACCGCAAACAUGACAAUAGACUACCUGAACAUGACGAACCUGUUGGAUCUGGUAGCCCAGGGGGUGUACGAGACGCUGAUACACUCCUUCACCGAGAUCACAACCAUGUAUGUGGUCAGCUAUAGCUAUCCCAUCGGCAUCAACGACUGCUGCAUUAUGGUUCCCUAUCGCAACCAAUCACCGGCUGACCAAUACAUGCGCGAGGCACUCCAGGGAAACGUGUGGCUCCUGAUCAUCCUUUUCACACUCUACAUAGCCACGGCCAUCUGGCUGUGCUCUCCCCUGAGACCCCGGGACUUCAGUGCCGCCUUCCUGCAGUCCAUCAGCACGCUGACCUACAUGACACCCACAUUCAUCGUCCGCACGCCAACGCUGCGUAUGCGCUAUUUGAACAUUGUGCUGGCCAUCAUGGGCAUCGUCACAUCGAACAUGUACAUCUCGCGGAUGACCAGCUACUUCACCACGGCCCCGCCAUCGCGACAGGUGAACACGGUGCAGGAUGUGGUGGAUACCAAUCUGAGGAUUCUGAUGCUAGCCGUUGAGCAUGAAAGGAUGGCCAAGUCACCGCUGCAAUAUCCGGCCAGCUACAUGGGUCAGGUGGAUAUUGUGGACAAGCACAUGCUAGACCUUCAUCGAGAGCCAUUUAACACAUCUUUUGGCUACACCGUUAGCAGCGAUCGCUGGCGAUUCCUGGACAUGCAGCAGCACCAUCUGCGGAAGCCCAUCUUCCGGCUGACGGAUAUCUGCGAGGGACCCUUCUAUCACGUCUAUCCCAUGCACGCGGACUCCCACCUACGCUCACCCAUGACGGAGUACAUCAUGAUCGCCCAGCAGGCGGGCCUCAUGAACCACUGGAAGCGAGAGGCCUUCUGGGAGGCAGUGCAUCUGAAACGCAUCCAGGUGCAUCUUAUCGAUGAGGAGCCCAUGGCCCUCAGCCUGAGCUUCUUUUCGAGCAUGAUACGCACUUGGACCUUUGGCCUUGUGGUAUCUGGAAUGGCCUUUGCUGCGGAGAUGAAGUGGUAUGAGCAUGUGACCCUCAGGCAGCGCCCUGUUGUUAAAAUAACUCGCAAACCUAGGUCCUUUCUCAGGCGCUUUAUGAGGGUGUAA